AUCAGGGAGGGGCCUUGAGCGCUGCCAUGUUUUUGUACGGUGAGUGCGCAAAGCAUGCUGGGUCCGAUUGGCUUCGAUUUGAAGGUGAGGACGGCGGGAACUCUCGUCCCUGGAUUGGGUGAGCUAGAGGAGAGGAGCAAGGAAAUCUAGGUCCCUAUUACCGGUGGCCGGACAGCUUCAUAGGAAGGCUCUUGGAAAUCUGAGGAAGAGAUGGAACAGGAGAAUACUUUAAAUCAAGACGGCCAGUCUAAUGGAGGUGUUUUAGCUCACUUGGAAAGACUAGAGACUCAAGUGAACAGAUCCCGUAAAAAAUUGGAAGAGCUGCAGAGAACUCAGGCAGUGGAAAGCACUCAUGGAACGAAGAUUCGUAAACUGAGAAGUCUGCGAGAUAAACUGAGGGCUGAAGUGAAACAGCGUGAAGCCAGAGUUGAAGCGUGUAUUGCCGGUGAAGAACCCAACCAGACAUCGGAGAGCAGCGAGCGAGAAGUUUUAGAAAGAAAACGGGAAAGCGUGAAAGCCAUUCUGCAGGCAUAUCAUUUUACAGGGCUCAGUGGGAAACUGACCAGCCGAGGAGUCUGUGUUUGCAUCAACACUGCUUUUGAGGGGAACCUGCUGGAUUCCUAUUUCAUAGACCUUGUCAUACAGAAACCACUUCGGAUACAUCACCAUUCAAUUCCAGUCUUCAUUCCCCUAGAGGAGAUAUCUGCAAAAUACUUACAGACUGAUAUUCAGCACUUCCUGUUCAGUCUCUGCGAGUACCUAAAUGCUUACUCUGGGAGGAAGUACCAGGCAGAUCGACUUCAGAGUGACUUUGCGGCCUCUCUGGCUGGGCCCUUACAGAGAAACUCGCUGUGCAACUUGCUCUCCUUUACUUACAAAGUGGAGUCGAGGGGCCAGUCCUUCUCAUUUUGUGCUAGACUGCUGUAUAAGGACCUCACAAUAACCCUUCCAACGGAUGUCACCGUUACUUACCAAGGGAUGGAUGCAUUACCCACCUCAUGGGAAGAACAGCGAGCACACCAUGAAAAGCUGUUUUGUACAAAGCCCCUGCACCAAGUGUUUGCUUCGUUUGCUAGAAGAGGAAAGUUGGAUCUGAGCCUGGUCUACUAGAAUGCUGUUUUCAUUGGGAAUACAUCAAAAGUAAAAGGAAAUAUUGCACUUUCUGUUCUCAUAACUAAGGUGACGGGUUCCAGAAGAACCUUUCAAGAUUACCAGGACAAGGGCCCUUGCACCUAACUUGGACCAUGUGGAGACAAGCAGGUCUCCAGCUUGAGCUCUCUUCAGGAUGAAAAGCACUGAUUUCAAGUCACAGCUGGGAGCAGAGCAUUUGCUGGCACAGUUGUCCCACCCUGUCAAGCUUCCUCUCAAGCUGAGCUUCCUCACCUGUCCCCAGCAGCAAAGGCAAGUUUGUUCCACCUGACGUAUUCCUGCUCACAGUGGCCAUGGCCUCUCUGGGGGAGAAGGGCUGGUUGGAACUAGGGCUUUGGAAGGGCAGUUCCAGGACUAAGCCUACGACCCCGACUCUCGGGGGAAGCUACAGGCACACUAAGGAUAGUGUGACCACCCUCAGCUCACAUGCCCACGAACAAAUGAAGGCUUGAGGCGCUUUUUAAACCUAAAGUCUAUAAGUGUGCAUGUCAACAAGUCAGGAAUGUUGGGCAUUUGACCUUUCCCAAGGCCCUUGAUUCCAAAAAACAUUCUCCCUUU